AUGCUGAAACUUGAGCUACUGGUCUUAAUAACCUUGAUAUGGUGGAGCUCUGAUAAUAUUCAUGCAUAUGGUGCAGUUGAAAAUAUGCAGACAAAUCUACUAAGCAAGGGGUGCAGCGCAUACAACGCAUCCAACUUGGGUAGCUUCUUUGCCAAUAUCAAUGAAACUUUUGCAGGCCUCAGAGCACAAAUUAGCAGUGAUAAGAACAAGCAUUUUGCCAUAGAAGACAAAGCCAGGGGAGAGGUGAUCACCUAUGCUAUGUUUCAAUGCAGAAACUAUCUCUCCAAAACUGAAUGUCUUUCUUGCUUCGACACUGCCACCUCCGAAAUCCGCAACUGCUCUGCUGCUAAUGGCGCCAGAAUCACAUACGACUCCUGCUUCCUCAGGUAUGAGAGCGAGAGGUUCUACGAUGAAACCAAUGAACCUGGCGGUGGAGUAUCAUGUGGGAACACGAGUUCAACUGUCACUGGUUUUAAAGUAGCUGCACAACCGGUGUUAAUGGAGCUCCAGCAAGCAACACCCAAAAUUAAAGGUUUUUAUGCGGCUACUAAGACACUGGUUGCUGGUGGUAGUGCAAUUUAUGCCGUUUCACAGUGUGUUGAAACGGCCAUGAAGACUAGUUGUCUGAACUGCCUACAAGUUGCACAGGACAACUUACAACGUUGUCUUCCCAACACAGAUGGGACAGCAUAUGAUGCUGGCUGUUUUAUGAGAUACUCCACCACACCUUUGUUUGCUGAUAAUCAGACUAUUGAUAUUGCACCCUUUUUAAAACAAGGUUCAACGAAAAAGUGGAGUAUUAUAGGUGGUGGUGUUGUUGGAGCUGCUCUUCUGCUCCUUCUGUUGUUUGCUUGGAUAUGGUUUAGAAAAUCUAAGGGGGUUCAAAGAGGUGACAUAUUGGGAGCAACUGAGUUGAAAGGUCCAGUUACGUACAAAUAUAAUGAUUUGAAAGCUGCAACAAAAAAGUUCAGUGCUGAAAACAAACUUGGGGAAGGAGGUUUUGGAGCUGUAUACAAGGGUACACUGAAAAAUGGAAAAGUUGUUGCUGUAAAAAAACUAGUUUUAGGGAAAUCAAGCAAGAUGAAGGAUGAUUUUGAAGGUGAAGUGAAGCUUAUAAGUAAUGUUCAUCAUCGGAAUCUAGUUAGACUUCUUGGUUGCUGCAGCAAAGGCCAAGAGAGAAUCUUGGUUUAUGAGUAUAUGGCAAAUAGCAGUCUUGACAGAUUCUUAUUCGGUAACAGAAAAGGCUUCCUCAGUUGGAAACAACGCUAUAAUAUAAUUUUAGGCACAGCAAAGGGACUAGCAUAUCUACAUGAGGAAUUCCACGUGUCCAUCAUACACAGAGAUAUCAAGACUGCUAACAUCCUGUUAAAUGAUGAUCUUCAGCCAAAAAUUGCUGACUUUGGGUUGGCAAGGCUUCUCCCAGAGGAUUGUUCACAUCUCAGCACAAAAUUUGCAGGAACAUUGGGAUACACAGCUCCUGAGUAUGCAAUGCAUGGUCAAUUAUCAGAAAAGGCUGAUACCUACAGCUUCGGUAUUGUAGUGUUAGAAAUCAUAAGUGGUCAAAAGAGUACUGAUCUGAAGGGUGAUGAGGAGAGCAGUGAAUAUCUUCUUCAACGAUCAUGGAAACUGUACGAGAGAGGGUCUCACCUGGAGCUGUUGGAAGAGGGCAUUGACCCUGAUGAAUAUGAUGCGGAAGAAGUGAAGAGAAUAAUAGAAAUUGCUUUGUUAUGCACUCAAGCUACAGCUGCAGCGAGGCCAACAAUGUCUGAAGUAGUAGUAUUACUCAAAAGCAGGAACUCAGUGGAGCACCUCCGACCAACUAUGCCUGUGUUUGUUGGAACGAAUGUGAUGACUCGGGAAGGCAACUCUACAAGUUCAUCCAAUGCUAAUGCUUCCAUUUCUAUUGUAUCAGCUCGAUGA